GUCCAGAGUCAGCGUGUGCGGGAAAGGCUCGCCACUCCUCGAGAGAAGACGUUAGGAAAGACGGCGUUCACCUCCCGCCGCGGCUCCUGCCCGGCCCCAGCUUUGGCCUUCUCCGCCAGGAAAUGAAUCUGCUGCCGACCCUGGAGAGUCCAGUGACUCGGCAGGAGAAGAUGGCGACCGUGUGGGAUGAGGCCGAGCAAGAUGGAAUCGGGGAGGAGGUGCUCAAGAUGUCCACAGAAGAGAUCAUUCAGCGCACGCGGCUGCUGGACAGCGAGAUCAAGAUCAUGAAGAGUGAAGUGUUGCGGGUUACCCAUGAACUCCAAGCCAUGAAGGACAAGAUCAAAGAAAACAGCGAGAAAAUCAAAGUGAACAAGACCCUCCCGUACCUCGUCUCCAACGUCAUCGAGCUACUGGAUGUUGAUCCCAAUGACCAAGAGGAGGAUGGUGCCAAUAUUGACCUGGACUCUCAGAGGAAGGGCAAGUGUGCAGUGAUCAAGACUUCUACACGGCAGACGUACUUCCUACCUGUGAUUGGGCUGGUGGAUGCUGAGAAGCUGAAGCCAGGGGACCUGGUGGGUGUGAACAAAGACUCCUAUCUGAUCCUGGAGACCCUGCCCACAGAGUACGACUCGCGGGUGAAGGCCAUGGAGGUGGACGAGAGGCCUACAGAGCAAUACAGUGACAUCGGGGGCCUGGACAAGCAGAUCCAGGAGCUGGUGGAGGCCAUUGUCCUGCCAAUGAACCACAAAGAGAAGUUUGAGAACUUGGGGAUCCAGCCUCCGAAGGGGGUGUUGAUGUACGGGCCUCCAGGUACGGGGAAGACCCUACUGGCCCGGGCCUGCGCAGCACAGACCAAGGCCACCUUCCUAAAGCUGGCUGGCCCCCAGCUAGUACAGAUGUUCAUUGGUGACGGUGCCAAGCUGGUCCGGGACGCCUUCGCCCUAGCCAAGGAGAAAGCUCCGUCUAUCAUCUUCAUUGAUGAGCUGGAUGCCAUCGGCACUAAGCGCUUUGACAGUGAGAAGGCCGGGGACCGGGAGGUGCAGAGGACGAUGCUGGAGCUUCUCAACCAGCUGGAUGGCUUCCAGCCCAACACCCAAGUAAAGGUAAUUGCAGCCACUAACAGGGUGGAUAUCCUGGACCCUGCCCUGCUCCGUUCAGGCCGCCUGGACCGCAAGAUAGAGUUCCCCAUGCCCAACGAGGAGGCCCGGGCCAGAAUCAUGCAGAUCCACUCCCGAAAGAUGAAUGUCAGCCCUGACGUGAACUAUGAGGAGCUGGCCCGCUGCACGGAUGACUUCAACGGGGCCCAGUGCAAGGCUGUGUGUGUGGAGGCGGGCAUGAUCGCACUGCGCAGGGGUGCCACGGAGCUCACCCACGAGGACUACAUGGAGGGCAUCCUGGAGGUGCAGGCCAAGAAGAAAGCCAACCUGCAGUACUAUGCCUAGGGGUGUCCCCCGCCUGCCUCUUGGUCUCUUGCUGGUUGAAGUCCAUAAUAAAAGGUGGUUUUGGGUCCCUGCA